CUGGCUUCCUGUAAUAGAAAAGAAGAAAAAGGGAGAUAUACCACCACCUGCUUUUUUUGUCAGGAUCCAGAGGACGAUACAAAAACUGCCCUGGAUUUGUCCUUUCGGCUGUGGCAGGAGUGUCGGGCUGUGCUGGGUUGGCCAGAGCGAUUCGGGAGGAGGAUCUGAAUGGUGCAGGGUAAUUUAUAUUAGUUAUGAACUCCCGGCUCCGAGCUUUGGGUGGAAGGAUAAACAAUAUUCGAGUAACUGAGCUUCCAAAAGAAAAAAACAGAUCGGAGGUGGUGUGCACCGUGCGAUUCUUGGAUGGCUCACAACACUGCUUUAGAGUUAAUAAACAAGACACUGGUCAUACAUUGUUGGACAUGGUCUACAAUUACUUAAAUUUGAAAGAACGAGAAUUUUUUGGAUUACAACACAGUGAAGACUCAUUGGACUCACAUAGGUGGAUUGAGCCGAAUAAACCAAUUAGAAAACAAUUAAAAGGAGGAUUUCCAUGCUCCCUCCUUUUCCGUGUUCGUUUUUUCAUUCCUGACCCCAACACAUUACAGCAGGAUCAAACCAGGCAUUUAUAUUUUCUACAAUUAAAAAGUGAUAUUCUAGAUGGGAGGAUAUCCUGUCCACUGAAUUCAGCAGUAGUUCUUGCAUCUUAUGCUGUACAAUCUGAGCUGGGAGAUCAUAAUUCUUCGGUACAUGUUCCAGGACACCUAUCAAACACUUCUUUUAUACCAGAUCAAGACAAUGAUUUUUUAAGUAAAGUAGAGGCAUUGCACAUACAGCACAGUGGACUUGGACAAACAGAGGCUGAGUCAUGCUACAUUAAUAUUGCAAGAACGCUAGAAUUCUAUGGAAUAGAAACACACAGUGGUAGAGACCUUCAUAAUUUAGACCUACUAAUUGGAAUUGCUUCUGGUGGAGUAGCAGUGUAUAGAAAACUUAUCUGCACCAGCUUCUACCCCUGGGUAAACAUUCUAAAAAUCUCAUUCAAACGGAAAAAGUUUUUUUUACAUCAGCGUCAAAAACAGAAUGAAUGCCGAGAACAGAUUGUAACUUUCAAUAUGUUAAAUUAUCGCGCUUGCAAAAACGUUUGGAGAUCCUGCGUGGAACAUCAUACAUUUUUCCAGACAAGAAAAUCACUUACCCAUGAAUGGAAGGUAACAUCUAAUUACUGGACUUUGGGUGCAAUAAACCAAGCAAAAUCUGCCAGCAGCCAGUUAUGCAGGAAGGUGAUUGGUGGAAUGGUAUGGAACACAGAUUUAAGGAGAUCAUUAUCUGUGGAACAUCUUGAGACCAAAAGUCUUCCAUCACGUUCUCCUCCUAUAACACCAAACUGGCGAAGCCCCAGAUUAAGACAUGUUCUUAGAAAACCACAACAUUCUUCUGCUGACAAUCUAGGCAAUGAAAUAACUUAUAUAACCGAGACUGAAGAUGUGUUUUAUACAUACAAAGGCUCGCCAACCUCCAAAGACAGUGAUUCUGAGUUUUUUCAGAAUCAGAGUCUACAUAGUAGGUCAUCAGAACAUGAUUCUCUGAAAAACAUACUGGAACACAGUCCAAAAGAAAACAAUCUGCAUCAACCAGCUUCUCCCAGUGGGUUAUCAAGCCAUUCAACGUCUUCUCACCUGCUAGAGGGUGUAGAUAAGCAAUUUUUUGAAACUUAUGAUAAUAUCAAGAAAAGCAGUUCAACUGAUGACUCCAGCCAAUACUACUGUGAUAAUAGUGACACUGUAAAUGGAGAUUUGUUGUUGGUUCAUAUUAUACCAGAUGAAGAAGGAAAAUUUGGAUUUAACCUAAAGGGUGGAGUUGAUCAGAAAAUGCAGCUGGUGGUAUCCAGAAUAAUACCAGGAUCACCAGCUGAUAAGUGCAUACCAAAACUUAAAGAAGGUGAUCAAAUAGUCCUCAUUAAUGGUCGGGAUAUUUCAGAGCACACUCAUGACCAAGUGGUAAUGUUCAUAAAGGCUAGUCGAGAAUCUCACACUCGGGAACUUGUGCUUCUGGUUCGAAGAAAAGUUGUUAGACACCUUGGUAAAACAAAGUCAGAAGAUGAUGCUGACUUCACCUUUUUUCCACCGUCAAUUCUUCCUACUUGCUCGGAAUAUGGUGACACAUUACAGGGAUCAAUGGAGCAGCUUUCAAAAGGCUUGGAAACUGGAGUUGUGCUCAUUCAAUUUGAGCAACUUUACAGGAAAAAACCUGGGCUUGCUAUUAUCUGUGCGAGGACAGGUCAAAAUAUGGACAAAAACAGAUAUAAAGACGUUUUGCCAUAUGAUGCCACACGGGUGCUGCUUCAGGGAGAAGAUGACUACAUCAAUGCAAGCUAUGUAAAUAUGGAAAUUCCUUCCACUAAUAUUGUAAACAAAUAUGUCGCUACACAAGGACCACUUCCUCACACAUGUGAACAAUUCUGGCAGAUGGUUUGGGAGCAAAAGUUGUCAAUUAUCAUCAUGUUAACAACCCUAACAGAGCGAGGAAGAACAAAAUGCCAACAGUAUUGGCCUGAUCCUCCAGAAGUCACAGAGUAUGGUAAAUUUCGUGUAAUAUGCAAGACCGAAGACUGUACAAUUGCUUACGUCUUCAGAGAAAUGCUCCUUACAAAUACUGAGACAGGUAAUGAAUUUCCAAUUUUUCACCUGCAAUAUGUUGCUUGGCCUGAUCAUGGAGUUCCUGAUGAUUCUUCAGACUUCCUGGAGUUUGCCACAUGUGUAAGGAAAAAAAGGGUGGCAAAUCAACCAGUCCUGGUUCACUGCAGUGCUGGAAUAGGGCGUACUGGUGUACUGAUCACCAUGGAAACUGCCAUAUGUCUGAUUGAACAAAAUCAGCCUGUUUAUCCACUCGACAUAGUGAGACAAAUGCGAGACCAACGUGCAAUGAUGGUUCAAACCUCUAGCCAAUACAAGUUUGUUUGUGAAGCAAUACUUCGUGUUUACAAAGACGGCUUAGUUCGACCGAUGAAUUCAAGUUAACUGAAUUUAUUUUCCCACACCGAGAGGGCUCCCCCCCCCCAAAUAAAAAUGCACAUCUGCCGCAUGCUAGGUUUCUGUAAAACAUGUUUAAAUUUUGUAUGUAAGGAAUGCGUAUAAAUUGUUUUAAGUAUGUGUGUCUAGAUAAGUGUAUAAAAUAAUUUUGCACAUAUUGUACACAUAAAAAUAAAUCAUCACAGGAACACUAGUUAACUUGUUUUGCCUUAGACAUUAUCUUGCAAAUGCUUCACGUUCUACUAUUGAAGAUUUUAUCUAUAUUUUUAAUAUAUAUUAUGAAUAACAAUAUAUGAUAACCCACACACUUCAAAGUAUUGCUUAGCUGCUCCAUAUUUUGACACAAAUAUUUUUUGAACACGGUGCCAAAAAAUAAAUCAAUUUUUUGUUAUGGGCUUUGUACCAUAAAUUGCUCUUCUUACCAUAUCCCUUUACAGCAAUGCACAGUUAAAUUAAGUUUAACUAAUUGACAGCAGUAAGUUUUACUAACAAUGACACCACCAGCCAUGUUGACUUUCCACAUUUUUAUUGGUACUUAUAUAUGGCUUAUACAUGUUGCUUUGGAACUUUGGCAACAUGGUAUUUUCAGUAACAGCUCACCUGUCCUGGCUAAUUUUGAAACAUACAAUUUUGGGUCCUUCAGAUCGAUUGGGCAGCUUAUGUGCCCAUAUAUGGGGCCCUCCAACGGGCCCCAUACAGAGACCAAUAUCUGUCCAAAAAUCAUCUAGAUGUCGACUGUCCAGACUUUAUUUUCCUGCUGGAUUGAGGAAUGCAUCGGCUCAUUGAUGCGGUCCUCACUCUAACUUCCCAUAUUCCCCUUUAUUGUAAUUAAAUCGUAGCAUGAUAUUGCCCACUCAAGGUGGGCAUAUAGGGGAAAAUUUUUGCUUGUUUGGUAAACUCGCCAAGCAAGCAAAUUUUACUGUGUAUGGACACCUUAAACGUAAAGGGGAGUGUUUUUUCUUCUUAAUGAUCUAAGAAAUUAGGUGGAAAAAUCUGAGAUACAGUGGUGUUUAGUUUUAGCAUAGUUAAGCCCACUCACAGACUCACUGCAUCUCUUAAGAAUAAAUUGCCCACUCUGUUGGCCUGCAGUGUUGACUAAUAUAGCUACAAUGAAAUCACACUUUCCUAGCAUAUGAAUUGGGAUUUUUGCCAUCUAGCUGAAUGCUGGUGCCACGUAUCUUUAUAGAUUGUCUGACACACAAGUUAAAUGAUUAGAUUAGUACAGUAUGGCCAUAUGCAGGUAUAACUGAAUCUCAAUCCAACAGGCCUCCAAGAAUUAAUAUUCAACUUGAUAUUCAACAAGCUAUUCACUGGCCUCUAUGGAGGCAGCUUAAAAGUAACAGAACACUGUAAUACAGAUGGCUGCUCUUGACAAUAAACUAAACUUAAAUGUCAUUACAUUGGGACUUAAUUGGUUUUCCAGCCUUUUUUAUUAAUUAGAAUAUAUAUUUUUGUUAUCCUUUUGCUAUAGUACCAAAUCAGUUAUGAUCAGUUUUUUCAGGCAUCUUAUUAACUAUCUGAAGCCCAUAAAAAUUAAAAAUAUGAUUCAGUACUAAUAAGCUCAUUUAACUACUUCUAGCUUGUUAUCACAAAAAAAUGGCACUGGUAUAGUCCACCUAAGAUAACACAGAUCUUUGUGUCAUUUCAGUGAGAUAAAUGAUGCUGUACACUUUCUAAGGAGAAUUAACACAAUUCUAUAUAAAUAAUUUAUAAAGAUUUUAUUUUUACUACCUAGUUGUUUAGCAUUUGUGAAUAUAACAUUUUGAAUACAUAUUUUGGUGGUUAUAAACAUUAUUUAUAGAGUAAGUAAGAAUGAUAUUGAUGUUUAAAUAUUUUUAGCAAAUGGUUUUCCAGGUAUUUAUAAUAAAACUGUAUCCGUGAUGCAAUAAUUAAUUAACAAAAGUAACACACUGGGGUAAAUGUGCUUUGCUAAAAUUGUACCCUGUGAUUGCCAUGAACCAUAUCAUAUGUUGUUAUACAAUCUGUGAACAAUAGAUGAGUUAAUUCAUGUAACAACUGAUCUUUCAAGUGGAACAGUAUAUUUGGAUUUUACAGUUUUUACCUCUAGAGAAAAAGCACUACAGGGACACGUGUGUACUGAAAAAGAAAUUUAAUAGCAAUAUUGAUGUGUAUGCUGUCGACACCUUUACUAGAUCUCACAUAUCCAGCUAAAUUGCGUUUAAGUACAGUGUACAGAAUAAAGCACAAAUACUGGGAUGGUGGCAAAUGUAUACAGAGAUGUAUGGCGUUUGCUAAAGAGGCAAAAGUUAAAAAUAAUAAACUGAGAAAAUAAUGAAUAUUUGAAAAUGUUAAUGUGUAUUGAAUGUGAAUGUGUAAGAAAAAUUUUAAUAUCCCAGGUUUUUUUUACCUUAAAAUCAGAUAAUAAUCAUUAGUAUUGAACUGGCUUUCUAAGACAUGAAAAGUUACUUUUAUCUGAUGUUUAUGUUCUCAUAACACUCUAAGCUCUCAGUAAAGAUUUCUGUUUGCCGUUCAUGACAGCUGUUUUUUAAAAAAUAAAAUAUGAAUAAUAGUUGUA